ACAAUUUUUAGUCUUCAGGAAAACAUAGGGUUUUAGGACGAACACCACGCGGGCACAAACGUUCCCUUCGCUAGAUCGACAAGCACGCAGAAUUCUCCUCUCCUCCUCCCUUCUUCAUGUGACCCGCACAAACCCCAUAGCCUCAAUCCUCACAUCUCAAUGUUUCCGUUCUGCAUAACCAGCCGACUUCCGAAGAGCCAUGGGACGGCUUCGUAUACUCCCAACGUUCCUUCUUAGCAGACCGAUCACCGCCGCCAUCGCUUCCGGUUGCCGCCGCUCCUUCCGUUGGGCAACCGCCGCCGCCGACGAUGACGACAAUACCAUCGUCCAAGAAGUCACGGAGGGGAACGAGAAGCCGAGGACCGCGCCGCUCUCACCCCCCCACUGCGACUUGACUUCUGCUCGCGUCCUUCGCGUGCUGCGCCUCCGGAAUCCUUAUGCUGCCUUCGCUUCCGUCAAGGAGUUUGAGAACCUCGGCUUCCGACACACUCUUGAUACUUACUCUGAACUCGUUGGCGUGUUAGGCGAGGCAGGUCACCGGAAACGGCUGAUUUUUUUGUUCUCUGAUAUGUUCUUGAUGAAUUCCAGGAGUUUGGGUUUCGAGGUCUCGGAUGUCUUUGACGUUCUUUAUCGGAGGUCUUACGGCACUAGCGUGAUGAUCGUGGUCUUUGAUGCACUGAUCAAGGCGUAUGUUCUCUGCAGGAUGCCUCAACAAGCUGCAGAUGCGUUGUCCCAGCUGCCGAGCCUUGGAUUCGUGCCGUCGAUAAAGACUUGCAGCUAUCUCAUGAACUACCUUGCUGAAAGUGGCAACUUGGAUUUGGUACUUCAGGUGUUCGAAAAAAUGAUGAUGCUUGGCAUAGAUCUGGAUGCUUAUGCAUUCACCAUAUUGAUCAAGUCAUUGUGUCGGGAAGGGAAGCUGGAUGAGACUCUUGGUGUUUUGGAUGUGAUGAGGAAGGUCGGCAUUCAGCCCGAUCGGAUUACUUAUCACACCGUUAUAGAAGGAAUGUGUACCAACGGGAAGCCUGAUUUGGCUUAUGUACUUCUUAAAGAGAUCACAAGAAGGGGCAUACUUUUGGGUCGCAUUGCUUAUAACAAAGUGAUUAGCAGGUUGUGUAAAGAGAAGAGAGUUCGAGAAGCAGAAAACGUUUUGGAGGACAUGACAAGACAAGGAGUGGUUGCAGAUGCAUUCAGCUAUCGAUGUCUCGUCAAAGGGCACUGCAUAGGUGGAAAUUUCUUAAGAGCAUUAGAUCUUUAUGAGGAGAUGGUUUCCAAGGGUAUUAGAACAGAUCAUGUGAUAAAGACUUGCAGUUAUCUCAUGAACUACCUAGCUGAAAGAGGCAAGUCGGAUUUGGUACUGCAGGUGUUCGAUAAAAUGAAGAUGUUUGGGAUAGGUCUGGAUGCGUAUGCAUUCACCAUAUUGAUCAAGGCAUUGUGUCGGGAAGGGAAGCUGGAUGAGACUGUUGGUGUUUUGGAUGUGAUGAGGGAGGUGGGUGUUCAGCCCGAUCGGAUUACUUAUCACACUGUUAUACAAGGAAUGUGUACCAAUGGGAAACCUGAUUUGGCUUAUGUACUUCUAAAAGUGAUCACAAAAAGCGGCAUACUUCUGGAUCGUGUUGCUUAUAACAAAGUGAUUAGCAGGUUGUGUAAAGAGAAGAGAGUUCAAGAAGCAGAAAACGUUUUAGAGGACAUGAACAGACAAGGAAUACUUGCAGAUGCAUUCAGCUAUCGAUGUCUCAUCAAAGGUCAUUGCAUAGGUGGGAAUCUCUUAAGGGCAUUAGAUCUUUAUGAGGAGAUGGUAUCCAAGGGUAUUAGAACAGAUCAUGUGAUUGUCAGUCUCUUGCUCCAAUAUUUAUGUAAAGCGGGCAUGACUUCUAAAGCAUUAGAGUACUUCAGCAGAUUUAGAGAGUCAGGAAUUUUGCUUGACAAGAUUCUUUACAAUAUUGCAAUAGAUAUCCACUGUAAGUUGGGAAAUAUGAGUGAAGCAGUGAAGCUGCUCCUUGAGAUGGAGUGUCAGGGAUUAUCUCCAGAUAGAAUCCACUUCACCAGUUUGAUAAAAGGGUAUUGCAAUAAGGGUGAUAUGGCUAACGCUCGGAAGGUGUUUAUUCAUAUGCUGAACAUCAGUGUGGAUCCUGAUCCCGUGACAUAUAAUAUACUUGCUAGAGGGUUUUGUAGAAAUGGUCCUGUUGAUGAUGCAUUUUACCUUGUAGCCUACAUGUUCAACCAUGGCAUACAGCCAAGUGAAAUUACCUAUCAUUUGGUAAUUGACAGCCUUUGCAGAGAAGGAAAGUUAGAGGAGUCAAACAUACUAUUAAACACGUUAGCGGAGAGGGGAGUUGCUCAAAGCUCCCUUCUAGUCAGUGCAAUGGUUUCUUGUCACCUGCAAACUCAUUGUACUGUGGAGGCUUAUGCACUUUUUAUUUGGUUAUUUAGGCAAGGAUAUCAUGUGAAUGAAAUUGCUUGCUCGAAGCUCAUAACUGAGCUUUGUAAGGAGGGAGAUAUAAGGAGAGCCUCUGUGGUGUUUAAGUCGAUGUUAAGUAGGCAAAUUACCCCAGAUGAGAUAUGCUAUAGCAAACUUAUUAGAGCUUAUUCCCGGAUUGGAGAUAUGACAAGUGCUCAUGUUUGGUUCAAGGACAUGCUGAAACGAGGACUAUCACUAGAUGUUGUAGUAUAUACUACAUUAAUGGAUGGAUACUGCAAGGUCAAUCGCUUACAUGAAGCUUUUCAAUUGUUUGUUGAGAUGAUUGAAAGUGGAAUUAGUGCUGAUGUGCUCGCACUCACAGUUAUAUUGGAUGGCCACUUGAAAGAAACUCGUCGUCAAGAUUGGCUGUAUUACAAUAAUAGAGAAGACAAAGUUAAAAUGAGAUCUAAGUGCUUAAUGCUGUUACAUAACAUGAGAACAAUGGAGAUCAAACUCGAUGUCAUUUGCUAUAACGUAUUGAUUGAUGGGUAUUGCAGGUUGGAAUAUGUUCAGCUUGCACACAAACUAUUUUCUGAGAUGAUUGAAAGAGGGUUGUCACCUGAUGCUUGUAUGUACACUGCACUAGUCUGUGGUUACUGUCGCCUUGGUGAAGUUCGUAAAGCCGAAGACUUGGUCGAUGAAAUGCUACUGAAAGGAAUACGGCCUGAUAAAGUCACUAUCUCAGUCAUUGAGCGGUGGAGUUUGCGGCCUAGAAUGAUGCAGUUUCAGUAGUUCUGAAUCAGAUAGGUGAUAAGGAUCAGUUACCAUGUUUAAUUGCUAGGAAGACAAAGAUUUACCAUUCGUCAGGUUAUGAAGCAUGGUUAAUUAGGCUCGUGACGAAGAACUGAAUUUUUUUGGACCUUUAAUGUGUGCUUGGAGUAAUCAUGCUUAUUGUUGGUUGGCUCCUUGCUCUUUUGAUUGCUCAUUAUUGGUCCAUUUGCCGAGCAUCUUUAAGUCGGUCAACAUUAAAUUGACAAACUUAUAAAAGGUGGAGAUUUCAUCGAUUAGUGGCUUACCAGAAAGUUAUGACAAUCAUAGCUCUUCUAAUAGAUCCAAUGGAAAGGAAAAUAUCAUUCCUGGAUCGAGAGACCUUUGGAGAUCUUCUCCAUCAGUCCUCGUGGGUUCUGUGCUUAUGGCAACUCCAGCAUUGAGAAUCCAGAUGCUUCUGCUAUCUAUGAGUUCUAGUUUUGGCACUGGUGGUCGUACAGUGUGCAGGAUUUGCAGGAAAUUGGCCCAAAUUCUUCCUGUGUCAUACACUUUUCUUACAGAUAUGUACAGUCAUCAAACCAACAUAUGCAGCAUGAGAGCCAAACAUGUCAUCUUUGAUGCAAGCACGGACAUCUUCACAUGGAUGGAAGCAAUUGGGUUGUUUGAGGCGCGGCAGAUUCUGCUACGACAUUGGUGGUUGGACUGCUGCCUCUCCACCCGGGGCUGACCUCCGGCUGUUCUCAGGAGCGCAACACCUUCACCAUCCUGGAGCUCACCCAGCAGUUGUGGGCGGCCGAGAACAUGACUGCGGGCUACCAACCCCGCAACAGCUGCCUCUGCUGUGUCUUUGCUAUGUUACAUGCACUAUCCAUAACAAGAACAUUGACUACUUCGUCACAGCGGAUCCCCAACAACAUCAAGUCCAGUGCCUCCACCAGCCACUUUCAUGGGCAACUCACUUCCUCAUGUUCCACCACAAGGCCUCUUGCACUUUGUUACACCGGGAAAGGCAUGGACUAGAGGGGGAGUUCACUGAGGCCAAGAGCAGCAUGGAUAUGAAGAUGAGUUGCUUCUGUCAGUGUGCGAUUAGUCUGAUAUGAGUUCUGUUAUCCAUUUUUACACGUCAAUCUCAAUUCUCUCUCUCUCUCUCUCUCUCUCUCUAAUGGAGGUAGCAUCAUAUUAUUUCACGAAACCUUCCAGUAUAUAUAUAUAUAUAUAAUAUGAUGGUUUCAUGCAAUAAUAUGAUGCUACUUCCAUUAAUCUGUUUACAAUAAUAAAAGCUUUUCCGUAGCUUAUUGUACAAAUUCCAUUGUUCGAAAGAAGUUAAAUUUGCA